AUGUCGUGUCCGGUAUUUAUAUUCUGCGACAAUGGCAAUACCCAGUGGCCAAUUUUUUUCAUUGCGUGUGACAAGAUUUGUCAUUUUCCCCCUCAAACCUACACCCCUACACCUCAAAUGUUGACUAAAUCCACUAUAUUACGGUCCCAAGUGGCUCGGACAUUAACUAAAUCACAAAAUGCUAUCACUAAAUCAACUUCAACCCAAUAUCGAGGUUUUACCUCCAUGUCACAGUUGAUGGCUCCACCAUCGGCAACUUCAGCUUCACUCAAUUUCUUUCAAAACAAAUCAUUACCUGCCAACACAGUAGUCAAGUUUGUUCCUCAACAACAAGCAUGGAUUGUUGAAAGAAUGGGUAAAUUUCAUCGUAUAUUACCACCAGGUUUGGCUAUCUUGAUUCCAUUAUUAGACCGAAUCACCUAUGUUCAAUCAUUGAAGGAAUCAGCCAUUGAAAUCCCAACUCAAAGUGCCAUUACAUCAGAUAAUGUAUCAUUAGAGCUAGAUGGUGUCCUUUAUGUCAAAGUUGUUGAUCCAUAUAAAGCCAGUUAUGGAGUUGAAGAUUUCCAAUUUGCCAUUAGUCAAUUGGCUCAAACGACAAUGAGAUCAGAAAUUGGUAAUUUGACAUUAGAUGCAGUUUUAAAAGAACGUCAACAAUUAAACACAAAUAUCAAUAAAGUCAUCAACGAAGCUGCCAUGAAUUGGGGUGUUGAAUGUUUACGUUAUGAAAUUAGAGAUAUUCAUCCACCACAAAAUGUAAUCGAGGCCAUGCAUCGUCAAGUUAGCGCUGAGCGUAGCAAGCGUGCUGAAAUUUUGGAAUCUGAAGGUAAUAGACAAAGUAAGAUAAAUAUAAGUGAAGGUGAAAAACAAAGUAUAAUCUUACAAUCAGAAGCUGAAAAACAAGAACAAAUUAAUUUGGCAUUGGGUGAAGCCGAACAAAUUAAAUUGAAAGCUGAAGCUACUGCUAUUGGUAUUAAGCGCAUUGCUCAAGCUAUUAAGGAAACUCCUGGUGGUGAAUCAGCAGUUAAUUUACAAGUUGCUCAAGAGUAUAUUAAAGAGUUUGGUAAAUUGGCUAAAGAAUCAAACACUGUGGUUAUACCUUCGAAUGUUGGUGAUAUUUCCAGCUUUAUGGCUCAAGGGUUGUCCAUUUAUAAGAACUUGAAUAAGGAAGGGAAGUAG